AUGUCUUCUUUUCAGCAACUUGUUGAGAACUCCCAAGUGCCGAGCCUGCUGCUCUUCGGCCCACUUGCCCUUUCUUUCGACCAGGGGGCCCUCGACAGGCUAUGCGAGGUAGUGUCGGGGAAUGGCGAGUAUAGCUGGAUACUCGACACCUUGGCGAGCCUCCCUGAGCAGUGGGAAUCCAUCACUGCUUCGAUCCCAAGUCUCAAACAAGCCGACCCGAGACUGAAGAAGCAGUUGCAGGAUAUGCGAGACACCUUUCAAGCCUCCAAGUCAUGGCCUGAUAACGGCUAUCCUUUGCCCAACACUCUUCUCGUGCCCCUUGCCGUGGCCUAUCAGAUGACACAAUACGCAGCCUUCAUCAAUCAUACGACCGGCUGGACAAGACUGGCUUCUGCAGACACAGAGACGCUCGGUCUAUGCACGGGGCUUCUGAGCGCCUUCGCUGUUUCCAGUGCCGGAGGCAACAAGGAGCUUUUCGCCAAGUAUGGCGCCGUUGCCAUGCGUCUCGGCCUCCUUGUGGGCAUGGUCGUCGACGAACAAGACUCUUUGGAGCCCGCCAGAUCCAUCAGUGUGGCAUGGAACUCAGCCGAGGGUGGGGAAGAAGCCAGGCGAAUUCUGGCGCUGGACGAGUUCCAAGGUACCUACAUCUCCGUCUACUUCGAUGAGACACGCGCCACCGUAACGAGCUCGCCCACCAAACUCCGGGCCUUGCAGCAGAGGCUAAGGGAGUCGUCGCUCAUUUCAUCAGAACUGGCCCUCGUCGGGCCGUUCCACGCCAACCGCAACCUCGGGUGUCUAGACGCUCUCGUGGCUUUCACCGAUAAGCACCCAGAGUUCCACUUUGCCGACACGAGGAAACUUGCCUUUCCCACUCGGUCAAACAGAGAUGGAUCCAUCCUCAGUCAGAACAUCCUGCAUCACGAAGCACUCGAGUCCAUCCUGGUCCAUCCACCACAAUGGUGGAAGACAUUCAGUGCCGCCAAAGACGCCCGGCUGCGUGUUGAUACCGGCAGCAGCAGCAGCAACAACAACAACAACUACGUCGUUUCGUUUGGACCAGAGCGAUGUGUUCCACCCUCGCUUAUGCGUCCGCUCCGCCAACAUGUCGUACACCUUGCCGAUCACGAUCGUGCCCUGUUCAAGGCACUCCCCAGACAUAUUGCCGACUCCGACAUUGCCGUGGUGGGCAUGGCGUGCAAGGUGGCCGGCAGCGACGGUCUCGAGGAGUUUUGGGACCUCCUCUGCAACGGAGAACCGCAGCAUCAGGAGCUCAAGGACCAGCGCUUCAGCUUUCAAACGCCGUUCCGUCCGGCCGACGCCAAGCGCAAGUGGUUCGCCAACCUGGUCGACGGCGCUGACCACUUUGACCACAAGUUCUUCAAGCGAAGCCCCCGCGAGAGCGCUACCAUGGAUCCCCAGCAGCGCUGGAUGUUGCAGAUCGCCUAUCAGGCUGUCGAACAGUCUGGUUAUUUCAAUGCCGUCAGCCCCGAGAGGUCCGUCGGCUGCUACAUCGGGCUUCGAGGAAACGACUACUACGACAACGUUGCCUGCCACCCGCCCAACGCAUUCACGGCGACGGGUAACCUCCAGGCCUUCGUCGCCGGCAAGAUCAGCCAUCAGUUCGACUGGACAGGGCCGGCCAUGACGAUCGACACGGCUUGUUCGUCCUCCCUCGUCGCCAUUCACCAGGCGUGCCGGGCCAUCAUUGCUGGAGACUGCAAUGCUGCUCUUGCGGGAGGCGCCCACAUCAUGACGAGCCCCUUGUGGUUCCAGAACCUGGCGGGUGCCUCGUUUCUGAGCACCACUGGCCAGUGUAAGCCGUUCGAUGCUGCGGCCGACGGCUAUUGCAGAGGCGACGGCGUGGGCGCAUUGUUCCUCAAGAGGCACUCCCAGGCCAUCGCCGACGGAGAUCAGGUGCUGGGUGUCAUUCCAGCAACCGCGGUACAGCAAAACCUCAACACCACACCCAUCUUCGUCCCCAACGCGCCCUCGCUUUCCGACCUGUUCAGUUCCGUCACCACUCGAGCUGCCAUCGCCCCCUCCCAGAUUAGCGUUGUCGAGGCUCAUGGCACUGGAACUGCCGUUGGAGAUCCCGCUGAGUACAACGGCAUCCGAAAGGUCCUAGGCGGGCCCGGUCGGGAUAGCCCUUUGGUGCUCGGGUCCGUCAAGUCCUUGGUAGGACACACAGAAUGCGCUUCUGGUGUUGUGUCGGCAGUCAAGAUCCUUCUCAUGCUCCAAAAGGGUAUGAUCCCGCCGCAGGUGAACCUUAAGACCAUCAACCCUGCUCUCGGAGCGUCACCAAGAGACAACAUCCGCUUUGCAACCAGUCUGGAGCCCUGGAACGCGGACUUCCGCGCCGCUCUGAUCAACAACUAUGGCGCUUCGGGCUCCAACGCUUCGAUGAUCAUCUCUCAGCCAACUGGGAAGAGAGCGUUGGACUCGCCCGCCACUACAGGCAGAUACCCGUUCUGGCUCACUGGCGCCGACGACGCUGCGCUCAUUCGGUAUGCCGGGGCCUUGGACACAUUCUUAAGCCGCCAGGACGGUCAAGAACACGCAUCCUUGUCAAAUGUCUCCUUCAACGUCGCCCGCCAGAGCAACCGUCAGCUCCAGAGGGCACUGCUUUUCACCGCCAAAUCCGUGGGUGACCUCAGGCAAAAGUUGACCGCGUUCGCGGCGCGGGAGAGUUCUGCGGUCGUUCCAAUUGAUCGGCCAGCGCCAAAGCCGGUUGUUCUUUGCUUUGGAGGGCAAACUUCGACCUUUAUCGGUCUAGACAAGGAUGUGUAUGAUCGGGCGGCAGUGCUGCGGAAGCAUCUCGAUGAGGUUGACGCCAGAGCCAAAUCUAUCGGUGUCGAGUCCGUCUUCCCAGCCAUCUUCGAACGGACACCCAUCACGGACACGGUGGUGCUACACACCACUUUGUUCGCGUUCCAAUACGCCUCCGCAAAGGCCUGGAUCGAGUCCGGCGUCAACCCUGUGGCAGUCGUGGGCCACAGCUUCGGAGAGCUCACUGCGCUUUGCAUUUCGGGGGCUCUUCCUCUUGAUGACACCCUCAAGAUGAUUGUUGCCCGUGCCAGGCUCAUCAGAGAUUCCUGGGGAGCCGAGAAGGGUGCCAUGAUGGCGAUCGAAGCUGAUUUGAGCGAGGUCGAGAUGCUUCUUCACGAUUCAGCCCAGUCGUCCCCUGCAGUGACACCCGCCACGAUAGCUUGCUACAACGGACCCAGAAGCUUCACGCUCGCUGGAUCUGUUGCCGCAAUCGACGCCGUUGCCGAUACCAUCUCGAAGCGCGGCUCCUUGGCAUUCCGGACCAAGAGACUCAACGUAUCCAACGCUUAUCACUGCUCUUUGGUUGACCCGCUCACGGACCGCUUGGAGGAGAACGCCCGAGACCUGAACUUCCGCGAGCCCGUGAUACCUCUGGAGUCGACCUCGCGCCUCUCGACCAUGACCAAGACGCAAUCGAGCUACUUCUCAGAGCAUAUGCGCUCGCCAGUCUUUUUCCACCAGGCCGUGGAGCGACUCCACAAGCAAUAUCCUUCGAGCAUUUUCCUCGAGGCUGGCUCCAACUCUACCGUCACAUCCAUGGCCGGCCGCGCGCUUGGAAAUCCAACCGACUGUCAUUUCCAGGGGAUCAACAUUACAUGCUGCGACGACGGUUGGGACAAGCUCACGGAUGCCACGGUCAAUCUUUGGAAAGCCGGCCUUACUGCCAACUACUGGGGACACCAUGCAGCACACACCUCUCAGCACACGCCGUUGCUGCUCCCUCCUUAUCAGUUUGAGAAGUCGUCACACUGGCUGGAACUCAAAUCGGCUGCGCCGGCUGUAGAGGUGGUUGUCAGAGAGACUGCGCCCGAGGUGGCUCCCAAGAGCCUGAUAAACUUCACUGGCUAUCAGAAGGACGGCGACAACAAGCCUUUGGCUCGAUUCCAGAUCAACACCGCGCUGGCCGAGUAUGAAAAGACACUUUCCGGUCAUGUGAUUGCCCAGGAAGCCCCCAUAUGCCCGGCUACGAUGCAAACUGGCUUCGUGCUCAACGCUCUGUCCAGCUUGAAGCCCGAACUGUCGAAGCUGGUGCCGCAGACGCAUGGUGUGAAGUUCCUGUCACCCAUUUGCCGUGACCCGGGAAGAUCUCUCUGGAUUGACGCCGUCGAGACGAAGGCCAUGACUUGGGAAUGGUCAAUCUACAGCACAGCACGCAAUGGGAACGGCCAAAAGACGAUGCAUACAUCGGGCCAGUUCGAGUAUUCCUCGGUUGACAACAACUCCCUCUUGGCGGAAAUCUCGCGCUACGAGCGUCUUUUCAGCUAUCAGCGGUGCGUCGAGCUCCUGAACAGCAACAGCGUCGACAACGUGCUCGAGGCCCAGGUCAUCUACAUGCUCUUCUCCAACGUCGUUGAGUACGGCGAGGAGUUCAGAGGAGUCAAGAAGCUUGUAGGGAAGAACGACCAGUCCGCCGCCCACAUCGUGCGUCUGAACACGCAGAACGAAUCCUGGUACGACGCCCACCUCGCCGACACCUUCUGCCAACUCGGCGGCAUCUGGGCCAACUGCAUGGCCAACGACCGCCUGUCUGGCGAGGUCUUCAUCGCGAACGGCAUUGAGCAGUGGGUGCGCUCGCCUAGGGUUUUGAAGCAGCCCUACCCGAGUGCUUUCCAUGUCUACGCGACGAACGCUCGCACGUCCGACCGGGCGACCCUCACGGAUGUCUUCAUCUUCGACGCCGCGGACGGAUGUCUGGUCGAGGCCAUCCUCGGCAUUGGAUACAGCAAGUGUCCCAAGGCGUCGUUGCAGAAGCUCCUGGCUCGCCUGACCGCUGGAGAAUCGGGGGAUGCGACUCCUGCCAGCGUCGAGAGAUGUGCUCCCAUGCCGCUCCCGAGCACGGCGACCGAACCACCAGCUCAGCACCAAGAGGCUGUCUCAAAGCAGCCCAAGCCAAUCCAGGUCGAGAAGCCAAAGCAAGCGCCCAAGAUUGAUGUGAUGCCCCGGGUCAAGGCCAUCUUGGCUGAUCUAUCCGGGCUGGAAAUGGAGGAGAUCAAGGACGACAGCCAACUUGCCGAUCUCGGAAUAGACUCGCUCGUGGGCAUGGAGAUGGCCCAUGAAAUCGAGGCCGCGUACGACAUCACGCUCCCCGAGAACGAGCUCAUCGACAUCCUAGACCUGCCCGGACUCAUUGCGUGCGUCCAAAAGGCGUUGGGUGGCGGCAGCGCAGCAGCCCUCGGGACUCCUAGGAGCCCUGCAGACAGCACCGAUGACGAUUGGCAAGAUGGCGGGUUGAGUGCCUCGGACACUGACGUAUCAACGCCGCCAAGUUCGCCCGAAAUCAUGGAGGCCGACGUCAAGAGAAGCGGUAAACAGACCAUGGACUACGCAAAGACCUCGCUCCUUGCUGUCGACAAGGUCAUGGAUGCCUUCAGUGACACCAAAAACCUGACGGAUGGGAGAAUUGCCGAGCAGGGGCAGACGGAAUAUGUCGAAGGCGCACUCCCCCGCCAGACAGAGUUGACGAUUGCCCUCACCCUCGAGGCCUUCGAAAGUGUGAGCCAGUCGCCGCUCCAGAAGCUCCGAUCCGGUGAAACGCUGGACUUUGUGCCUCACAAGAAAGAACAGCGACCUUUGGUCCGGCAUCUGUACCGUAUGCUGGAGACGGAGACACAGACCAUCGUGGUCAACAGCAAUGACACCAUCACUCGAACAGCAGUGCCUUUCCCAAAGAUCAGGUCCAGCGAGGCCGUCUACCAAGAGCUCAUGACACGCUUCCCAGACCAGAGCACCGCCAACAAGCUGACAAAAUACGCCGGCACCCACCUUGCCGAGGUCUUGAGCGGCAAGACGGACGGUGUGAAGCUCAUUUUCGGCUCUGCCGAGGGCCGUGAGCUUGUCUCGGGUUUCUAUGCCGACUGGCCACUGAACCAAGCCCUCUACAAGCUCAUGGACGACUUCUUCAACGCCCUGAUUCCUAGGCUCAACAUAACCCCAGGCAGCGGCCCGCUUAAGAUCCUCGAGAUGGGUGCCGGUACUGGCGGGACCACAAAGCGACUGCUGCCGCUGCUGGCGCGUCUGGGCGUGCCUAUCGAGUACACCUUUACCGACCUUGCUCCGUCCCUCGUGGCCGCUGCGCGGAAGAAAUGGGGCAAGGAGUACCCGUUCAUGAAGUUCCGGACACACGACAUCGAGAAGGUGCCCGAUGACGACCUGAUCGGGACGCAGCACAUUGUGCUAUCCAGCAACGCCGUCCACGCCACUCAUAGCCUGGUCGUAUCCACAGGCAACAUCCGCAAGAUGCUUCGGCCGGACGGCCUUCUACUAAUGCUUGAGAUGACGCGCACGCCCUACUGGGUCGACCUCGUAUUCGGGCUGUUUGAAGGGUGGUGGCUCUUCGAGGACGGGCGCUCGCACGCGCUCACGCACGAGGACAGGUGGCGCAAAGACCUUCAGACGGCUGGGUACGGCCACGUCGACUGGACCCAGGGCACGACGGCCGAGAGUGAGAUUGAAAAGCUGGUCAUCGCCUUGGCGGACCCGGCUUCGGUAUCAGGGUACGAAAACCAUGCCCGCACCAGUGUUUCUCUGCCACGCGAAAGCACACCCGCUGACUGUGCUGCUCGACAGGCUGUAGUGGACCGGUUCGUCGCUGAGCUGGUCGAGGACUUCGAUGCGGCAACGAGGGGGGAUUCCGCGUCUCUGGGGAUCUCUGCGCCGCCAACGCCAGGCACGACCGUUCUCAUCACUGGCGCCACAGGAAGUCUCGGGUCCCAUCUCGUGGAGGUUUGUGCUCUGAUGCCCUCCGUGUCUCGUGUUGUUUGUCUCAACCGACGCUCCAAGGAAGAGAGGGACCCGGCGAACCGACAACGACAAGCGAUGGACGAGAAAGGCAUACCCCUCAGCGGACAAGCCGCAGCCAAGAUGGUCGUCUUGGAGGCCGACCUAUCCAAGCCGCAGCUGGGUCUGACAGAGACCGACUACGCCCAACUCGUCAGAAGCACCACCCAUAUCGUCCACAAUGCCUGGCCCAUGUGUUUCAAGUGGCCCGUCAAACGCUUUGAGCCGAAUAUGCAGGGCCUGCUGAACUUGCUCAUUCUUUCACAUCAUGCGGCGGAUCACCGUCGCCGGCGCGGAAACCCGGCAUUCCAAAUGACAUUCCAAUUCAUCUCGAGCAUCGCGGUGGUAGGCCACUAUCCCUACCGCACCGGAAAAGCAGCGGUGCCCGAGGAGCGCAUGUGUUUCUCCUCCGUACUACCUACGGGAUACGGCGACGCCAAGUACGUCUGCGAGCGUGUGCUCGACGAGACGCUGCACAGGGACUCGGAUCGCUUCCAUGCUAUGAGCGUGCGACUAGGUCAGAUUGCGGGGUCCAGCAAGACCGGGUUCUGGAACAUGACGGAGCAUGUGGCUUUCAUGCUCAAAUCAAGCCAGACGCUCAAGGCACUGCCGGACUUUGGCGAGAAGGGUGUCAUGAGCUGGACGCCGGUAGAUGUCGUGGCGCAGACGUGUGCUGACCUGCUCUUCCAACCCUCGUCUGGGAAUGCAAAGCGGGAACAGUCCUGUCAUCCGAUCUACCACAUUGACAACCCGAUUCGGCAGUCGUGGAGUGACGCGAUCCGGGUUUUGGCGAAAACAAUCACACCAGGCGCCUCUCUACGAGUGUUGCCGUUCAAGGAGUGGACACGACUCGUCAGAGAAUACACGCCGCCAGCUUCCGUUGGCAAGGAAAAGCCUGGGCCCGAAAUGAAGAACCCGGCAAAAUUGCUCAUCGACUUUCUUGAGGACGACUUUGAACGCAUGUCCUGCGGUGGCGUGUUGCUUGGUACAGCUCACGCAAGGGAGCACUCGAGGACGCUGGCAGGGUUCGGUGCAGUGAGUGAGGAGUAUCUAGAAUUGGUAAUAGGGAGUUGGCGUCAACGGGGUUUCUUAGAGUAA